AUGGAAAGACGCAUCGCACCACUGCAGGGUGACGUCAACGAAGAAGAGCUUGCCACAUUGAAAGAACAAGUUGCGGCCAAAACCAAGGAGCUAGAAAUGCAAACGGGAAUUGAGAAAACACUUUCAAAUCAGCUGGUCCAAGUCCAGACGGACGUGCUUUACUGUCAGCGAUCGAUAGCCAGCCUGAAGAAUGAGUACGACGCUGUUGAAUGCCGAAUGAGUACCGAUGAGCUCUACGUCGACCAAACGCAGAAGGCGCUAAAAUUGGCCGAAAAGGAGAAGAAUGAUAUGUUGGUUGAAGAGAACAUGCUUCGACUUCAGCUUACUCGUCUCACUCGGAUACUUGAUUGUCAUAAUGAACAGGUGUGA